GGCUAUUGAUAAAGCUCUACGAGAGUACUGCAACAUCUCGGCUGAGUUUUACGUGCUCAUAUCCUUCAUCGAUGGGAAGCCCCAUAUCUUCACGGCGCCGAAUAGCAUAGCCACCUUUGAUAUAAAGAGGUUUUUGAACAUGAACGCCCUCACCCGCGAACUGCAGCGCUCACGGUCUAGUAAGCUCUCGAAAACUCGGGUUAGAGCCCGUGGCAUGAGUUUCACUAAAACCUCUGUGAUCUAGUUUCCAACCCAACAUAUGGUGAGCCAGAGUAUGGCUAUGACUCAGAGAUGAGCCGGUACCCUCUGGAGCCGGGGAGGCGAUGGACCCAGGAUCGGAGGUACGGCCAAUCUAUAGGCUUGGCCACUUUCGAAGAAGACGGCAACUUCAAAGCACGAAAGAGGCCAAGGGCGAGCAUGGUACGGCGUGAGCUGGACAACCUCGAAGACGAGCCCUCAGCGUCGUCGAGCGCCACCAGGAGAGGCAUUACGAUCGGCGACGAGAAGGCUGUCUGGGCCUUCUACGAAGAGCGUUUCAAGAGCUGCCAGCAAACGGCGUGUAAACUGAUCGCAAAGGCCUGGGUGAAAGCCGUUGAGCCGAAAAAGCAGUCUACGCACCCGUACACGGGCUCGGAUGAGAAGGCGCCUGAUUGGUGGCCGAAACCAUGGGGGCCGAACAAGGAGCACAAAGUCAGGCAUAAGGAGCCUGAUCACCUGUUGAAGCGCGAGCGAGUACACCUUCUCAACCACAUCCUCCGCAUGAUCGUCGAACCCAGCCAUAGCCAACACCCCACCCUCCAGAAGCUCUUCCUAAACGUGAGUAAGCUGGAAGAGAUCACCAACGAGGCGCUAUCGGCGUUCUUCGCCGACAAGGACAACCCCAGCAACCUGCUGAAGAAGCCCUAUCUCAAAGAGAUCUUCAAAGUGGCCAAGGCCGAAGAGCGGUUCAAGGAUGGCCAGAUCGAUGGAUCGACCGUUGUCCACGUAAUGGCCAACGACCGGGUCGGCCAGAGCUAUGUGUCGGAUGCCGAGGACGUAAGCCCCGGGCGGGACGACGGCGAGCACAACCCGACACCGGGCUCGUCGAGCGUGUCGCCGUCGCGGCCAAACAUGCCGCCGCCGCAGAUGGCACUCGUGGGCCAGCAGGCACACAGCGCGGAGCAGAGCCCGGCGAUGCAGAUGUCGAGCGACGCGUUCGGCGAGAUGCAGGGGCGCGGGACGGCAUACCCGCAGCCGGUGCUGGGGCAGGAGAUGGUGACGGCGGAGCGGUCGGCGUUCACGGUCGAGGGCGCGAGUCUGUCAGGUCAAGCGCCGGCGUUGCACCCGACACCAGGCCUGGGGAUCCACGAAAUGUACGCGAGCCCGCACGAGUCGAGCCGGCGGUCGUCGAUGUUCGCGUCGCCGUCCGAGUACACGAGCCCAGCGACGCCGAACAUGUAUCCGCAGUGGCAGGGGCAGGGGGUAUCAGCGCCGCCGAGCGGCUCGUCGAUCUACUCGUUUCCGCAGCCGCAGCCGCAGCCGGCGGGCGCGCAGCACCAUCACCACCACAACCACCAGCAACCGCCGCCGCCGCCGCCGUCCUUCGUCGCGCACACCGGCGUCGCGAUCGCGCAUAGCCAAUCCUACGGUAGUCCCUCGUUCGACGGCUUGCCGCGCGCCGCUCACGACGCGCAGCAGCACAGCGCCGGUCUCUACCGUCCCGCGCCCCUCGGCCAGGCCUCCCUCCCCCAUCCCGGCUACCAAAACUACCUGUCCCCCCACGAGUCCGGUCCCAUCUCGGCCUCCAGCAUCAAGCCGGACCCCCUCCCCAGACACCCUGCCCAUUAGGGAACCCCCUCCCUCCCCCUACCGCCGCACACACCGGCUCGACACGAAAUUUAUGCACCACCACCCCCUCCUCCUAAAGCGGGACGAAUCCUACCCAGCGAUACCACCCCCCGAAGCAAGCAGCAAGCAAGCACUGGUUCGCUUAGUCUGUAUGUAACACGCACCGCGCCACAUCGAACGUAUCCGGUGUGCGCGCGUGUGUGUUCUACGAUAGCUCAACCGGUGCCGUUGACGAGUUAGAUGGCUCUAACCAUCUACCACCAAACGUUACAAGUUAAUAGAUAUCCUUUUGAGAGUCCCUCACGGCAGCCACCCUUUCUCUUUUUCUUUUUUUUUCUCGCUUCUGUCUUUUUUCCGGGCCGGACUAGCGAGCGAUUGGGAUGUCAUAUACGUUUUAUUCCAUCUUCUACUACCACUACGCGUACGACACCUCUGCUCUUUCGGGACGCUAGGCGUCCAUCCAUUGGGACCGGUAUUGGCGUGCGGCGGGGGGCAAGGCGAGGGG